AGAAGCUUUAGAGUCCAUGGAAAUCCAUCAGGGUACAGCUACUGAAUCCAAACCAGUGGAGGAGGCAGCAGAUUCAGAAGCACAGCAGGAGGCGGUACCAUGCUCUGCUCCUGCUGCUCCUACAGAAGAGGACGACACCAGUAAAACUCCAGAUCCACCAGGAGGAUCUGAGGAGAGUUCAACACCUGAGAUGGCACAAGAAACUGAAGAACACAACGCUGUGGUGAACAGUGAGACGGAGAAGAACAAGGAUGAUGAAGAGCAUCCAGAAGAAACCAAUGGUGAUACUCAGAAAGGCCUUGGCCUGCCCACAAACCCUCCUCCACCACCAAAAGCACAGAACAGCCCACGGCAGGACACAGGUCUGACUGGGGGAAUGGGUGAGGAAAAUGGAGAGGGGCCAUUUUUCCAGACCAGAACUCCUGCCAAACCCCCUGCGCUGGCCAGCGAAUAGGAAGAGAAGGAGGAAUUGGUCAGAAACCAUCUGUACAGUCCAGACUGAGCUCUCAGAUUUGGUGGGAAACACCGCUUCAAACCCGACCCCUGCCUUGUGUUCCGUCUUAUGUGUUCAGUCAGACAGCGUUGUACCAGAUCUUUCCUCAUACAUUACUCAUAUUUGAUUUCUUUUUUCUCUCUUGUUUGUGUUCAAAGCUUGAAUUCUUCACCUGCCUGCCCUGCUGUUGAGUGAC